UCCAUCGCUUCUCCCUGAUCCGCCGCUCCUUCAAGAUCCCGCUCUCAUUACGGAUCUUUCCAUCUUCGGAUUCAGGGAGGGUCAUGCUCCCUGAGCCGAGCGGGAUUAUCAGGAUUUGGCCGGAGCGAUGUGGGGCCCUUUUCCGGAUGCCGGGAACGGCCAGCUGGAUGCUCCGCGCCCGCUCAACUGGACCAUCCGAAAACUGUGUCACGCCGCCUUCCUGCCUUCUGUACGCCUGCUGAAGGCUCAGAAAUCGUGGAUCGAGCGAGUCUUCAGCAAAAGAGAAUGUGUGCACAUCAUCGUCAGCACCAAAGAUCCCCAUAGGUGCUGCUGUGGCCGUCUCAUCGGCCAGCACGUGGGCCUGCCCCCCAGCAUCUCGUCCAAUCAGAAUGACAGAUCAGAGCGCACGCUGAAGAGUGACAGCCUGCCUGAAAAAUGGUCCAUCAGCAAACACACGCAGCUGAGUCCCACCGACGCAUUCGGCACCAUCGAGUUCCAGGGAGGAGGCCACUCCAACAAAGCCAUGUAUGUGCGUGUGUCGUAUGACACCAAAGCCGACCUGCUGCUGCACCUCAUGACUAAAGAGUGGCAGCUGGAACUUCCUAAACUGCUCAUAUCUGUGCACGGAGGCUUGCAGAACUUCGAGCUGCAGCCCAAACUCAAGCAGGUGUUCGGGAAGGGCCUGAUCAAAGCUGCCAUGACGACCGGAGCCUGGAUCUUCACCGGUGGAGUCAACACCGGGGUUAUCAGACACGUAGGUGAUGCUCUGAAAGACCACGCCUCCAAAUCCCGGGGCAAAAUCUGCACCAUCGGGAUUGCCCCCUGGGGUAUAGUAGAAAACCAGGAGGACCUCGUGGGCAAAGACGUGGUCCGGCCAUACCAGACCAUGUCGAAUCCUUUGAGUAAGCUGACGGUCCUGAACAGCCUGCACUCGCACUUCAUCCUAGCUGAUAACGGCACCACGGGCAAGUACGGUGCCGAGGUUAAGCUUCGCCGCCAGCUGGAGAAACACAUCUCUCUGCAGAAGAUCAACACACGGAUCGGGCAAGGGGUGCCUGUGGUGGCACUGAUCGUCGAGGGCGGCCCUAAUGUUAUCUCCAUCGUGCUGGAGUACCUGAGGGACACGCCGCCUGUACCUGUGGUGGUGUGUGACGGCAGCGGCCGAGCGUCCGACAUCCUGGCUUUCGGCCACAAGUACUCCGAGGAGGGAGGGCUGAUAAACGAGUCUCUGCGGGACCAGCUGCUCGUCACCAUCCAGAAGACGUUCACGUAUAGUCGCACACAGGCUCAGCACCUCUUCAUCACCCUCAUGGAGUGUAUGAAGAAGAAAGAGCUGAUCACAGUGUUUCGGAUGGGUUCAGAGGGACACCAGGAUAUUGACCUGGCUAUCCUCACAGCUUUACUAAAAGGUGCCAAUGCUUCGGCUCCUGACCAGCUGAGCCUGGCGCUGGCCUGGAACCGUGUGGACAUUGCCCGUAGCCAGAUAUUCAUCUAUGGACAGCAAUGGCCCGUGGGCUCUCUUGAGCAGGCCAUGCUGGAUGCCUUGGUGCUGGACCGUGUGGACUUUGUGAAGCUGCUGAUUGAGAAUGGCGUGAGCAUGCACCGGUUCCUCACGCUCUCGCGGCUAGAGGAGCUCUACAACACGAGGCAUGGACCAUCCAACACACUCUAUCAUCUUGUACGAGAUGUUAAAAAGGGCAACCUGCCACCUGACUACCGCAUCAGCCUGAUUGACAUUGGAUUAGUCAUUGAAUACCUAAUGGGAGGAGCCUAUCGUUGCAACUACACACGGAAAAGAUUCCGAACGCUGUACCACAACUUGUUCGGGCCUAAAAGGCCAAAAGCCCUGAAGCUGCUUGGAAUGGAGGAUGACAUGCCAAUCCGACGAGGGCGGCAGAAGACAACGAGGAAAAAAGAGGAGGAGGUGGACAUUGAUCUGGACGACCCUGAAAUCAACCACUUCCCUUUCCCCUUCCAUGAGCUGAUGGUGUGGGCAGUGCUGAUGAAGAGGCAGAAGAUGGCACUGUUCUUCUGGCAGCAUGGCGAGGAAGCCAUGGCCAAGGCGUUGGUGGCAUGCAAGCUGUGCAAGGCCAUGGCUCAUGAAGCCUCGGAGAAUGACAUGGUGGACGACAUCUCUCAGGAGCUCAACCAUAACUCCAGGGAGUUUGGGCAGCUGGCGGUGGAGCUCCUGGACCAGUCCUACAAGCAGGAUGAGCAGAUGGCCAUGAAGCUGCUUACCUAUGAGCUGAAGAACUGGAGCAAUGCCACCUGUUUGCAGCUGGCUGUGGCCGCCAAGCAUCGUGACUUCAUCGCCCACACCUGCAGCCAGAUGUUGCUCACUGACAUGUGGAUGGGGCGGCUUCGCAUGCGUAAAAACUCUGGCCUCAAGGUGAUUCUGGGCCUACUGCUGCCUCCUUCCAUCCUGAGUCUGGAGUUUAAGAACAAGGAUGAGAUGUCAUACAUGCCUCAGGAGCAGGAGGCCUACCUGCAGGAGAAGGAUUCAGAUGAGGCUGACAAGCCAGCCAAGGACAAGGACGACGAGGACAUGGAGUUCACCGUAAGAGCAUACUGUGAGGCGCAGUACAACUCCGUGGCUAUGCUGGGGAAUGUGAGCUCAGAAGUGUCUCGGAAAAAGGAAGUAGAGGAGGCCCAGAAUCGCCAUCGCCUAAUUCCAUUGGGCCGCAAGAUCUAUGAGUUUUACAACGCCCCCAUUGUCAAAUUCUGGUUCCAUACGAUGGCCUAUGUGGGCUACCUAAUGCUCUUCAACUACAUCGUGCUGGUAAAAAUGGACCUCUGGCCUUCUUCUCAGGAGUGGAUCGUGAUCGCCUACAUUUUCACCAACGGCAUUGAGAAGAUGAGGGAGAUCCUGAUGUCAGAGCCUGGCAAACUGCUGCAGAAAGUAAAAGUAUGGCUGCAGGAGUACUGGAACGUCACAGACCUCAUGGCUAUUCUUAUCUUCUCCAUUGGCAUGGUGCUCCGUCUUCAGGAGCCGCCUCUCAUGAGCUAUGGUCGGGUCAUCUACUGCGUCAACAUCAUCUACUGGUACAUCCGCCUGCUUGACAUCUUCGGGGUAAACAAAUACCUCGGACCCUACGUAAUGAUGAUUGGCAAGAUGAUGAUUGACAUGAUGUAUUUUGUGAUCAUCAUGUUGGUGGUGCUGAUGAGUUUCGGUGUGGCACGUCAAGCCAUCCUGAACCCUAAUGAGGAUCCAUCAUGGAUGCUGGCUCGCAAUAUCUUCUUCAUGCCCUACUGGAUGAUCUAUGGAGAAGUCUUCGCCGACCAAAUCGACCAUGUGAAUAGUAGGAAGCUACAGAACAGGCUGAAUGAAAAACUCUGGCCGGUCGAAAAUUACGUUCGAACUCAUGGAACUGGGCGUACCAGUGCACCAUGUGGGCAGAACAUCACCGCAGAGGACGGUACUAUUGUGUCCCAGCCCCCAUGUAAGACCGGCGCGUGGAUUGUGCCUGCCAUCAUGGCCUGCUACUUGCUAGUUGCCAACAUUCUUCUGGUCAAUCUCCUCAUUGCUGUCUUCAACAAUACGUUCUUCGAGGUGAAGUCCAUCUCCAAUCAGGUGUGGAAAUUUCAGCGCUAUCAACUAAUUAUGACAUUUCAUGAGCGCCCUGUUCUUCCUCCUCCUCUCAUCAUCUUCAGUCACAUGACCAUGGUCCUCAAGCAUCUGUGCUGUCGCUGGAGGAAGCAUGAUGAUGAUGAACGGGACUUUGGAUUAAAGCUCUUCAUCACAGAAGACGAGCUGAAAAAAGUCCAUGAUUUUGAAGAGCAGUGCAUCGAAGAAUACUUCCGAGAAAAGGAUGAUCGCUUCAACUCUUCCAACGAUGAGAGGAUCCGAGUAACAUCUGAAAGGGUGGAAAACAUGGCAAUGAGGCUGGAGGAGGUAAACGAGCGGGAGCACUUCAUGAAGGCCUCAUUGCAGACUGUGGACAUUCGGCUGGCACAGAUGGAGGAACUGAUUGCCCGCAUGGCUGCGGCUCUGGAGCGAUUUACAGGUGUGGAGAGGACUGACGUGAACAAAGCACAUUCGAGAACGUCGUCAGACUGCACUGACACUAACUAUAUCCUCCGUCAGAGCAGUUUCAACAGCCAGGAGGGAAACGCCUACCGGCUGCAAGAGUCUAUGGAACAGGGUGGGGAGGAGUCCAUUUCUCCAACUUCACCCACCACACUGGCACCAAGGGUGAGGAGUCAUUCCUUCUACAUAGGCCAUUCAUCCCGAGACAGGUGUGGGACAGACCGAGUUGAGGGAUUUUUCAAGGAGCGCUCUUUGAGCUUACACCGUGCCAAUAGCUCACAGUCAGUCGCGUCAGGAGCUGCCCCAAAAGAGUGCAAACCUGCCCCUCUGAAUACGCUGUCUGUACAACAACAGCACCGACCCUCAUCUUGCAUCGAUAUAUAUGUGUCCACAACAGAGGAGGCAGAGCCCCAAGAGAGCUUCCUGGAACCAGUUCGAAUGGCUCAGACUCUUGCUCGAGACCCAUCCCUCCAUUCCGAGAUCAUGGAGGCAGUGCUGUCUGGGGAACGGGACUACCAUGGUAGGGCAGGGGUUAGUGAAAGACAGCCAGAUGGCACUGUCUUAUUCGAGGACAGCGUUGCCGCCGACCUGCCACUGUGCACCACCCACAUACCACCAGAUGCCCUGCCCCCAUGGGACAUAGAGCCAUCCCCUCCACCCUCGGCAGGCAUCCUUGAGCGCUCCAAGAGCAGCCGCUUUUUAUCAGCGGCUGGGCCCAUGUUCUUGGAUGAGGCCCAAAUGGUGAAGUCCCACAGCCUCAUGUUCAUGCCACGCACCUACUAUGGUGGCAUAGGAAUGCAAGUAAAGGCAGCCGAGUACACCAGCAUCACAGACUGCAUCGACACACGCUGUGUCUCGACAUCAUACCCAGUGCCCGAGCGCUCAGAUUCACCUGGGGGCUCAUUCACCUUUGAGAAGCCCCAGGAAUUGUGUGCCUCACACCCAGAGCGUGAUGCUGAGCUGAGCCACGCUGAGUCUGACCAUGAAGAGCCCACCGAGGGCUCAGCUGAGACCAGCAAGCCCUGUUCCAGUGGAGGUGGUGGUAUCGGGGUUGAUUUGGCCAUGGGUUUAGCCCUGGGCCCCUUCUGUUCUCCAGCCUCCAGACUAGAACGAGCCAAUAGCUGCUCCUCAUCAGAGGACUCCCAUUCUAAUGUCUAUGCCCGAAAGAGCUUUUCCAUCAGUGAACGCAUGGACAAGGGACGUGCCAGGAAUCCAUUCCAGAGGAGCAAGUCUGGUAUAAGGCCUGACAGCAAGACAGACACACUCUCCUUGAGGAGACUAGCCAAGCCGUCAGCCUUCCAAAGCUUUGAUGGCAGGCACAACUAUACGUGA